AUGACCGCCUUGGGAUUGUUUUUCGUGCUUUUGCGACUUCUGGCACGGAGAAAGAAAGGCCUGUCAGUUGGGUUGGACGACUAUACCAUGCUAUUGUCGGUGUUGUUUCUGUUCGCAACCUGCGGACUCAAUUUGACCAUGAUUCAUUACGGCAUGGGCCGCCAUGCAGACGAGCUACCGAGCCCGAACGUCACGAAAAUCGCCAAGCUGCUAAUGGCGUUCGAAUGCGUCUACUGCACAACCGUAGGAAUCAUCAAAGUGUCCAUCCUCCUCAUGAACGCGCGUAUCUUCCCCACGCGAAACUUCCGACUGGCCGCCAUCAUCCUCGGCGGGAUCGCGGUCGGCUGGGUUCUGGCCAUCAUCUGCGUGAGCGUGUUCCAGUGCGAUCCGAUCGCCAAGGCCUGGAAUCCGAAUCUCCCGGGAAGCUGCAUCAACCUCAAGGGAUCCUUCAUCGGCAACGCGGUGCCGAACAUUGUGACCGAUGUGGCCAUCCUCUCGCUGCCGGUGCAUGUGGUCUGGGGCUUGCACGCCUCCCUCACGCAUCGAUUGUCGCGUCGUCUUCACCAGCGCCUACCGCUUCUCCACGCUCUUCCAGUUCGAGCCGCGGAUACCACCUGGACGCUCGCCAAGGCAUGCACCUGGUGCCUGAUCGAGUGCGCGAGCGGGAUCAUCUCCGCCUGUCUCCCGACCCUGCGGCCGCUGUUCGUGGCGCUCUCGUCCAAGUUCGCAAGCAGCAUCGGUGUCUCGGGCGGGCGCACCACGGGCAUCGAGGGCAAGGGCUCCGAGCUGCAGAGCUUUGAAGGCGCCAACCGGAUCCUGCGGCCGCCGGGCGAGCACCUAUCCAAGCAGCUCGUGUCGUUGGAUGUCAGCCAGCGAGAUGAUGCGUCCGGGGAUGAAGUGCCGUUGAAUAUGAUCCGAGUACAGCGUGAGAUCACUUGGCAAGAGACGAGAAAGAUGAGCUCGCGAGGGUAG